CACAGGCCACAGCUAUUAUUUGUGUGAUUGUGUCAAGGCAAUGAGUGGAGCUCUCUCUCUCUCUCUCUCUCUCUGUGUCAGUCGUCGAGACUUCAUCCACUUUAAUAUUGUACAGAGCCAAGUCAAGCUGAAGACUCAAGAGGGAGAAGAAGAGAAGACUCGUCGAAGAAAGAGGGAAGACUCGCCCACAAAGGGAAAGCUCGAAUUGUUGGGGGGAAUGCUGUCUGGUUCAAGGCUGCCUCUGAUUAGAUUAGAUGCUUCAUUCCCCUCAAUCAUUGCUUCCCCUACUCCUGUAGGCUGUAGCUUCCAUCAUCAUCAGCUCAACAAUCAACCGCACCCCAGCCAGAACCCUAAAAAAAUCCUCCCACUCCGGCAGUCGACCCAAUUGAUUGCUGCUGGAAUGAAAGGGAAGGGGGUGGGGGGCUGUCGACGAGGCCCCUACACCCAGCAAAAUUAACCAGCCCCGAAGUCUCGGGCAAAAUUAACCAGCCUGAGACUUGGAUCCAAGCCCCGGGCAAAUUUGCAGGGGAACGGGGCUCGUGGGCAACCCCACCCCGCUAAUAACACAGCCCGACAGGGGCUGGAUUUUUCUAUUUGUUUGCUUCACACGCGAUGAUAGGCCUUCAUUCAUCAGUACAAAUCUGUACGACCCUUCGCUCACCCAGAUAAUGAUGAUUUUAAUUGAUGAGAUAAUGCCCUGCAAACAUGCAUGAAAAUUGAAGCUUCGGUACUGUGUGGCUGUCUCAGUUCCUUCCAUUGAUUGAUUGAUUGAUGAAUUCGUUCUUGCACUGUAUCUCAUCACCUGACGACGAUGAUGAUGAUGAUGGAUGAUUGACUGCAAAACGUAAGUGCUGCGACAGUAUCCAUACAUGCACAGUGCAUUGUCGUAAAGAACCAACGUCAGCUUCAUCUCUCCUCUGAUUGGUUAACAGAUUCCAAGGAACAGUCUUCAAGAAAAAAUUGCUCUAUUAUUAACUGCCCAAUUCCAUCAUCUGGCAGAGAAUCUAACACAACACAAAACACAGGCCGACCCUCUGUCUUACAUUUCCUAUUUAUCGUUUACCUGUUUUGUGCUUAUAAAAGCCUCAGAAAAUCUUUGGAUGCCAUCUCCCAAUAUGUGAUGCUUGAACUGCACAUGCAUCAGAAAAUCGACUGCUAUACUUCUUUAUUCACUGAUCUUGCCAGUAUAUACAUAAAAAAGUUUGUGGAUUCA